CUGCGCGAGUGGCUUGGCCCAUGAGGAGGCGGGCCAGCGCCCUCCGCGCACGCCCGGUACGUGCGGUGUGCCAGGCCUGGCGGCAAUCAUGGCGGCUCAGUGUGUGAGGCUCGCGCGGCGCAGCCUCCCCGCUUUGACGUUGUCGCUUAGGCCCUCCCCGCGGCUGCUGUGCACAGCUAUGAAACAGAAGAACAAUGGCCAGAACCUGGAGGAUGACACCGGUCAGAAUGAACAGAAGACAGACACUGCCGCCACGGAGAAGGUGCUCGUGGACGAGAAGGUCAAGUUGGAAGAGCAGCUGAAGGAGACUGUGGAAAAAUAUAAGCGAGCUUUGGCAGAUACUGAGAACUUGCGGCAGAGGACCCAAAAAUUGGUGGAGGAAGCAAAAUUAUAUGGCAUUCAGAGCUUCUGCAAGGACUUGCUAGAGGUCGCGGACAUUCUAGAGAAGGCAACACAGAGUGUCCCAAAAGAGGAGAUUAAAGACGAGAACCCUCACCUGAAGAACCUCUACGAGGGGCUCGUGAUGACCCAAGUGCAGGUCCAGAAGGUCUUCACCAAGCACGGCUUACUCAGGCUUGACCCGGUGGGGGCCAAGUUCGACCCGUAUGAGCACGAGGCCUUGUUCCACACGCCAGUCGAGGGGAAAGAGCCGGGCACGGUGGCGCUAGUUAGCAAAGUGGGGUACAAGCUGCAUGGGCGCACCCUGAGGCCCGCCCUGGUGGGGGUGGUGAAGGAAGCCUAGCUGCCUGCAGCGGGUCGGGGUGGGGGGUGUCCCUGGUAAACACUGGCGGUGACUCGUGCCAGGCUGGUUUGCCCGCCCUCCCGUGAGUACUGAGCUUGCCCAGCCCGCUGGGAGCUCGGCGGCGGCGACACAGGCUAAGCCGCCUGCGCAGCUGCGUUCCCGAGCUGAUUCGGGAGGCUGUUAAUACACGCCUGAUGGUUCCACACACUCACAAGACAGGCCGAUGGGAUGCGACUGGACCCUAGAAUAUUAUGAAUGACGCUGUAUCUGCUCAAACUCUGGUGACGUCUAGAUGUUCUGAAUGAAUAAAUGGUCUGCGGGGACCUGCUGUUUGGCUCGCUGGCGGCCAGUCCGCUGUGUGUCCUGCUUCUCACUAACCCGCAAGCUCCAGGGCGCUCAGCCCCCUGCACUUGAGCCAGCAAAGGGGAGGCACGAGCGUAACCAUUUUUCUUGCUGAGGAAAACUGCCCUUGCUGAAGAACGUGCGGCUUCACUGAGGGUCACCAGCCAGCUGCUAAGGGGCCGGCUUCUGGCUUUCCUUUGGCGGUGUGAAACGAGCAGACAUCCCUAACAAUUCUCACCACAGUUACCAAAUCUGACAGAAUCAGUUACUUUUGCCCCGUUUUGUUCACCUAUCUGUAGAAAUGAUUAAAUAUUAUAUGCAACUAGUUACCGAUGACCUGAAAGUAUUUUCUCUAGUAAGACAGACUUUCUCAAAAUCUGAGGACUCCAUGAUUGGUCAGUUUUAAAUGUUAAUGUUUAACUUUUAAAUUUAAUUAAGAGGAUUAAAGCCCUGAUGUUUAUUUUCUACUUUCUGAUAACUACUUAGUGUACUGUGGAUACCCUUACUAAAGAAAGCAGGACUUAGCUUUCCCGUUCUCUGCUCAAAUCCAGAAGCUAUAGGCUUGGCACAUCCACCCAAACACGCUGGCUUCCCUCUAGAGCAGCUGCAGGCUGGCACGUGACUGUACUUCUGCUGGGGGCCGACGUGGCCAACUCAGGACCACAAAGGUGACCGCCGACGCUCAGGAGCCACAGCAAGUGCACAGUCUGUGAAAGCUGCCUCGUGCCCCUCCCUCAGACCCCCGCGCUCCUGAUUUACGCUGAGAAAAGCCAAUUGAGGUAUCUUGUGAACAGGAAAAAGAACCCGCUGCCCUGCUUCUCAGAGGUCCUCCUAGGGUUGAAGGUCAAUACUAGUCGAUCCGUUAUCGCAUAAAAAAGAUGUGGCGAUUAAUUUUGCUCAGUUUUGAAAGAUGUAAGUAAUAGUCCCAUAAUUAAAAUUUCAGUUUAUAUGAUUUCAAAA